UAUCAAGGGCAAUUUAACAUCUACGGCGAGCGUGACGGUCAGGGUACCAUGACUUGGAGCAAUGGCGAUGUGUACGAGGGCGAAUUCUUCAACGGCACUCGUCAUGGUCAGGGCACACUCACCUUCGCAAAUGGUUCAGAGUACGUCGGAUGCUGGGAAUGCAAUUAUAUGCACGGAGUCGGCACCCGGCGUUUCCCUAAUGGCGACAUGUACGUUGGACAAUACUACGACGGCCAGCGUCAGGGUCAGGGUCGCUUCUACUUUGCCAACGGUGACAUGUAUAUUGGUGCAUGGAAAGACGAUUACAUGCACGGUGCCGGU